AGCACCGAUCCACCCUCAUUCCCAGAAGCAAUCGCACCGUAUUUGCAUUUGAUUCCGAGUUUCCAACAUGGCCGACCUCAACGACAUCGACGACACCGAUCUCCCAGAGCCCUCUCUGAAGAACAUCAUCGACCAAAAGAGCCUCCAGUGGGUCUUUGUCGGAGGAAAGGGAGGUGUCGGUAAAACGACGACCAGCUGCUGCCUCGGAGUGCAAUUGGCCAAGACCCGCAAGAAGGUACGUGUGAUCGGCUCGUCUUGGCAAGAGCAUUGCCCAAAUAGUAGAAACGGCAGUGGUUUUGUUGGUUUUGUGUGGCCUGGCUUUUCGGUUUUGAGACGUGUCGUAGUUGCUUUUGCCGCGGAUUCGAACAAGGAACCAUCAACGGAGAGUGCAAGGAUGGGCGGCAUUCUCGGUCCUUCGAAUCCUUCGUUUUCUAUGAUUGCACGUAUCGAGCAACCGUGACGGGUUGACUUUUUCCCCUUGGCUCUACCGCAAUACGACUGUAUGCCCCAACCACACUCACCCCUGCCCGAUGGCUUUGCUGCGCAUCCAAACCAAACCAAACAAUCACACAACCCACCGGCCUCUUUUGCACCCGCCAGGUCCUGAUCGUCUCCACCGACCCCGCCCACAACCUGAGCGACGCCUUUUGCCAAAAGAUCGGCCGCGAGCCCACCCCCAUCGAGGGCUUUGACAACCUCUCCGCCAUGGAGAUCGACGCAAACAACGACAUGGAGGAGAUGCAGCGGACGAUCGCCGAGCAGGGGGCCGACGACGAAAAGGACGGCGGCCUCUCCUCGAUGAUGUCCGAGCUCACCAACAGCAUCCCGGGCAUCGACGAGGCCAUGUCCUUCUCGGAGCUCAUGAAGCAGGUCCAGAACCUCGAUUUCGACGUCGUCGUCUUCGACACGGCCCCCACCGGGCACACCCUGAGGCUCCUCUCCUUUCCCACCAUCCUCGAGAAGGCCCUCGGAAAGGUCAUGGAACUCAAGGACCGCUUUGGUGGCCUGAUCGGACAGGCCACCGCCAUGAUGGGGGGAGGCCAAAACCCCGGUGCGACACAGGACGCCAUCGUCGGGAGACUCGAGGAGACCCGGGUCGUCAUCAACAAGGUUAACGACGCCUUCCAGGACCCCGCUCUGACAACCUUUGUAAGUGCAGCAGUGUCGCUUUGCGUCGGGUUCGGUUGACGAACGAAGAACAUCGACGCGAAGGAGAACUUGUGGACUCACCACUCCUUGUUUGGCAUUUGUUCCCGUCUUGUCUUGUCGUUCUGCGUUGUCUGUCCGCGAUUUCGAAUCGAUAAUCUUGCUGGUGCUGUGCAGGUCUGCGUUUGCAUCCCCGAAUUCCUUUCCAUCUACGAAACGGAGCGAUUGGUCCAGGAACUCUCCAAGUUCGGAAUCGAUGCCCACAACAUCGUCGUCAACCAGGUCCUCUUCCCCGAAAAGGACGCCGAGGAACUCGCGGAGUGGUACGAGGGCAACAAGGAUUCCCUGCCGUCGGAGGCCAAGGAAAUCUGCGCCAAGAUGCUGGCCCGAAAGAGAAUGCAGGACAAGUACAUCGGCCAGUGCUUCGACCUGUACGGGGACGACUUUAACGUGACGCUCAUGCCGCUCCUGGACUACGAGGUCCGGGGAUCCGAAAAGCUCAAGGACUUUUCGGAGUUUUUGACUAACCCCAUCGACAUGGAGGAGUAAACAAAGCAAAACCAUUUGAAAAGAAAAAGAAAAAACCAAUGAACCAAACCUUUAUCU